GGAAGCAACUGGCUGGCAGUUACAGGCCCUUCAGGCAGACAGGGAAGCCUUAGAGAAGGCUAUAUAGGCUUGGAAGGAACUUGCUGCCAGCAAUCCACCCCUAACAGAUGCCUGUUCAGAGGAGGAUAUAGAAAGGGAGGCUUCAUAGAUCCAAGAAUCUAUGAUAGGAGUCUUGAACUGCUUCGCCAAACUAACACAAGUAUGUCCUUAUUCAAAACACUAGUGGCAAGCAGAAAUCAAGCUGGCCAGAGGGGCAUAUGCCCAGGUAAGGCGGGCAUGGCAGACAGGGACCUUAGGAGAUAA